AUGACGCACAUAGCUCGCUAUUUCGUAGCUAUAAUUUUGCUUUUUAUUUGUAAAACUUACUCAUUAACUUUGGAAUACAAUCCUGGAACAACUAAUGGCAUAGAAGAUGUUCAGAAGAAAGGAUGGCCGGUCAAGCAUAUUUUAGGAAGAUUGAAGAAUAGUGAAUUAAAAGCGCCACAUCAAGAAGAGUUAGGAAAUAUGAAGAGAGAUGAAGCUGAUGCAAAACGACAAACAUGGUACAAUCAAGCAAAUAAAAGAGGUAAUAUUACUCCUUAUAGAAAUAUAGUGGAUAUUGAUGAUAUCACAGGACUUGAUCCUGUCUACAAAUAUUUAUUAAAACCAUAUGCCACCAACUAUUUGUAUGAUCAAGAUUUUCUAUACAAGGAUAUGGAGUCAAAUUUACUUUCUAACCCAAGAACGAGAAGAACACUUUUAGAAGACAUCACCGAAUUUAAUCAAGAACUAUUGGAUAAUCUUCGUCACGACAGUAUCCUGGAAAAUAUUUUACCAACGAUGCCUGUUCCAUAUGAUCGGAGUUCAAACGUUGAAGAUUUCCUUGUAAGACCCUCAAGUUUAGGCUUUGAUAAUUGCGCUGUCCCCGCUUACUUCAGCUGUGUACCAAGAAUUAUAAAUUUGCUGGACAAUAGUGUUAUUAAUCCAUAUGGGUUUCUCAGCCCUUAUAAGGAACUGAUACAUUCAAAGCCAGAAAAAGAGCAUAUAUCUCAUAAUAAUAAGAACUAA